AUGUCUUCUACAUCUGCUAUUAUCCACUGGCCUGAAUGUGUAGAUGCUGCUGGAGUUGUGGGCUUAUGGAGCUGGGAAAAAGUUGCAACUGGAAAUAUCAAAAUUAUUGAGGUCAGCCCAAAAGGAUUUUUUAUAAAGCUUGUAAAUACUUCUGAGCAGGAAGAGGAUAUUGGUGGAUAUGUUCUACAACAGAAUGUUAGAGGACAUCCUGUGGCGAUAUUUAAAUUCCCUCCCAGGCUAAGAAUGAAUGCUGCUUCUACUGUAACAGUGUGGUCAGCAGCAUCAAGAGUUUCCCAUAACCCUCCAGUAGAUUUUCUUUGGAAGGAGCAGACUCUUUUUGGCACGGGCACAGAGUGCACUACUAUCUUAUGCAAACCAAAUGGCCAGGCAGUGGCCUGGUAUACGCCUGUUCAUUGGAACCCAAGAUUGCAAGAAGCUUGGCAAAGUGACGAAUUUAACAGCAUGAUUCAUGACAAAGAAGGUUCAGCUGCAUCAGAUCAUGAUGAUGAAUUGAUUGUGCAAAAAGUUAAUGAGAUGGCAGUGGCUGACUUUGAGCCACUGCAUAAUGUACAAUCAAAAUCACUUUCUAACUCAAAAGAAGAGGAGCAAACAUUUUUGCUGAAAAGGGAAAAAGAAGCCCCUCUUGUACUCUUUCCUACUCGAAGUCCAUGGGCUCAGAGCAGCAGCUCACCGACUCACCCAGCAUAUACUCUGCCCAGGACACUGGCAAAGGGCAAUGAUGGCAGCAGCUUGUGCAGGCAGGCACGAUCCCAGUCGGCAAGACCAGAUCCAGCUGUUGGUGAACUGUAUGCCAGCAGCAUGAGUAGUAAGAGUGCUGACCCAAGGAGGGCACACAAUGUUGGUGCCCAGAGAAGAGGUCCAACACGUUCAGCAGGGGCUGGGCAGCCCACCCAGACAGAUCAGUCCCAAUGGGCCUUCCUCUCCCCACGCAAGCGGCAUAAAGCACAUCUUCAACAUCUCCAAUCUCAGAUCAACAUGUCCUUCCAGCCCCCGAUGCCUCGCCCACCACCAGUGGCAUCAUGGUGAUGAGUAAAUAUCAUUUAGCUUUAGCAUGGAUCUGGUGGGGUCCUCUAUGUAGGAAAUCCUUCUCCUAUGGCUUCUCCUCUGCAGAAAUUUAACUCCAGUGCUUCCCAAAAU